AUGGAGCAUGAAAGGUACAUUUAUGUAAAAAAUGGCUCAAAAAGAAAUAAUACAGAGUACUAUAAAUACCAAGAAUCAUCAAAGUACUUAUGUCGAGGAUCGAUCAAAAUUGUGAAAAGAAAUAAUGUUCAGGUUAUUAAACGCAUUAAACAUCAUAAUCAUGAACCUGAUCAAAACUUCUUAUCAUUACGCAGUUUUAAAAAGAGUUUAAAAACAAGAAGUGUUAAUGAAAAUACUCCUCUAAAUAUUUUGUACGAACAGGAAGCUAGACGAAAUCCUGAAGUUGCUGCACAUUAUUCGUGGAAAUCAGCAGAAAGUUUGAUGCGUUUGUCUAGAAAACGAUCGUUGCCAAAUGUGCCAGAAACACUUAAGGACUUAGCUGACCAAUUUGAUGCUGGACUGCUUCAUAGGUUUCAAGCGUGUGGAGAACUUAUAUAUAAAGGUUAUGUUGUAGAUAACUCGGGAAAUCAUUCAAUAAUUUUUAGUUCUCAAACAUUGAUUGAUAGAUGUAUUGCAAUGGAUGCCAAAGAACUACAUGUAGACGCUACCUUUAAAGUGAUUCCAUCAACACCAAAAUGUUAUCAGCUUUUGAUUAUUCAUGUAAUGAUAGAUAAUUAUAGUAUACCUUUAGUUUAUGUUCUAAUGGAGAAGAAAACUGCAGAGGCAUAUGAUGCAGCUCUCCAUUACGUUAAACAUAAUCUCCUUCCAGAAUUUAGACCUACAGUUAUUUUGACAGACUUUGAAGCAGCUUUGCGAACAGAACUAAUCAGGCAUUUUCCAACAGCUGCAGCCCAUGGGUGUUGGUUUCAUGUUAACCAAGCUGUUUGGCGCAAAAUGAAAAAAUUAGGUUUUUUGAAUUUAAUCAACACCAAUGAAGCCGCUUUAAAAACAUUGAAGAUGAUCAUGGUAAUUCCUUUACUUCCAGCACAUCAAAUCGAAGAAGGGUUUAUUGAAGCAAAGCGUUAUGCAUCUAUGCAUAAUGUAAAUAUGCUCAGGUUGUUCAAUUACUAUGAACGGUAUUGGCUGCAAAACGUUGGUGUAGAAGUACUGUCUGUGUACAAAAAAAAAUUUCGGACUAAUAACAAUGUAGAAUCGUUCCAUAAUAAAUUACGACAAAUGUUCCAGACUUCUCAUCCAAAUAUUUGGGUAUUUUUAGGAAAUAUAUGCAAACUUAUUGACAACUAUUCAAUAAAGCUGAACCAAACAGACAAUGGUUUAGUCAUUUUAAAUACAAAACGCGCAAAAUACGUUGCUAACGAUAAGCGGAUUAAAUCUGCAAAUCGUCAACUUCGGCAAGGUUUAAUAAGCGUAGGAACCUUUUUGAAACGUUGUUCUUAUAGUGUAGCUGGAUACGAGGAAAGAAUGCGAGCACUGGCAAUAGGACAAAUUUAUAAUGAAGUUGUUGAAAAUGAAGUACCUCAGUUGUUAGAUAUACCCAAUGCAGGAGCAUUGAACCAUAUGGAUGAUGAAGCUGUUGAAAAUCAGGUCCAUCCUGAAAGAAGAAAUAUUUUUGAUGUCAGUGAUGAUGAGGUAGUAGACCUAGACCAAGAAACCGCAGCUGAUAUGAGUGAUGAAGCUGUUGAAAAUCAGGUCCGUCCUGAAAGAAGAAAUAUUUUUGAUGUCAGUGAUGUUGAGGUAGUAGACCUAGACCAGGAAACCGCAGCUGAUAUGAGUGAAAAUGAGGAAGAUUAUUAUACCCCAGAAGACAAGGAUCCCGAUAUGAUUGUGAUGAUGGAACAUGAGGCUAGGCAACGGCAACUAGAUAUGAAUAACAUUCCUUUUGUGAGAAUUCCACCCGUUCUUCCUUCAUUGGAAAAUCAACAUCAAUUGUGUAUAAUAUGUACUGUGGAAGAAAGAACAUACGCCUUAAUACCCUGUGGCCAUAAAAUAAUAUGUGAAGAUUGUCUUAAUCGUUUGGAACCUAAGCGUUGUCCCCUUUGCAAUGACUAUUUAACUGGCUCUUUGAGGAUUUUUUGA